AUGCCUAAUAAAUUGGUUGAAAGGAGUGCGGCCAACAGCACUCUUCAGGACUUCAAGCAGUCUGAAAGCGCCGGUGCCUUCACUUACCACGACUCCAAUGCCUUCACCACAAACACCUGCAACAGAUUCAUCUACUGGAAAACCAGUAAUGAUAUCCUGGAGCUCACGGAGCUCUCGAUGGACGUGAAUCUGACGGGAAAUCAGCUUAAGUUACACUUCCAGAAGAACCCGGUGUUGGAAGGGGUGAGCAUUCAUGAGACCAUCGAUAAGGUGUAUAUAUUGGUGGCCACCGUCUCGUCGGUUCAUCGCUUCAUCUUCACUCACCCCCGAAAACUGGGAUCAAUCGCACCGCUUAAGUUACACUUCCAGAAGAACCCGGUGUUGGAAGGGGUGAGCAUUCAUGAGACCAUCGAUAAGGUGUAUAUAUUGGUGGCCACCGUCUCGUCGGUUCAUCGCUUUAUCUUCACUCAUCCCCGAAAACUGGGAUCAAUCGCACCGAGCACUAGGAGUUCGCCGCAGAGUUUGUUAACAUCGGUGACGGGCAUAGAGUUGUUGCGCCCCUCCAUCUUCUACAACGUGUAUACCCAGAACCUGGACGACCCCAACAAUUACAGUGUUCUGCCCUCCUAUGGCUCGUCGCUGGGACUACCCAUACCUACCACUUCGUGCUCAUGGCUUACGCCGCAAAAGGAGGCCGUCUUUGUAAUCGCCAAUAAUGUCGGAUCGAUUCUUGUGGUGAAAAUGGGUGCACCCGAACACUCAGGCCGCCUGUGGAACGGAAUCGUACCCUCCAUUAUGAGGGGCACACAAGAGGGCGAUGAGGCGGCGGUUAGUCUGGUUGUGCAUCCAAUACAAGACGACCACUUGAUGUUCGCGUUGUGUCGCGAUUUGCGGAUCAGAAUGUGGUCCAUCAAACGCCAGGAUUGCCUACUGUCCCAAUCAUUACUACAGCAAGCCCACACCACACAGAAGCUAUAUUCUAAUAUGAAUGUUCGACGGCCCGUCAUAUUAAAGAAAUGGAUUUCGAGAGACAAUUCGACACUAUAUUUGGCGGCAUUUAUUGCUGGCGGAGAACAGAGACAAUUCACUCUAUUUCAACCCAUACUUGAGAGCAAUCACUACUCGUUGAGGCCCUUAGCCGUCGUCAAUGCACCCGAAGCUGAUUUGAUUGACUUUUGCAUCGCCAACGACCAGAUUUGGUCGCUUUGGCUCAACGCAAACAAUGUCUCCAAACUCUUAUACUGUCCUAUAGAUAGAGCUUCUCAUAGAAGAGGCGACAAAAGUGGUUGA